GACCCCGCCCCGUCCUGCUGCUUUACUCCUCCGCUGUGCGUACGGGGGACGUCGGGGGCGGCGCCGCAGCAGUUGCCCCUGGUAACGGGGGAGGCAGGAGGAGGAGGAGGAGGAGGAGGGACUCGGCGGGAGGAUGGGCUUACUCUCGAUUCUGCGCAAAUUGAAAAGUGCACCAGACCAGGAGGUGAGAAUCCUUCUCCUGGGCUUGGAUAAUGCUGGCAAGACCACUCUUCUGAAGCAGCUGGCAUCUGAAGACAUCAGCCACAUCACACCUACACAGGGUUUUAACAUCAAAAGUGUACAGUCACAAGGUUUUAAACUAAAUGUAUGGGACAUUGGUGGACAGAGGAAAAUCAGACCAUACUGGAGGAAUUAUUUUGAAAACACUGAUAUUCUCAUAUACGUAAUUGACAGCGCAGACAGAAAAAGAUUUGAGGAGACGGGUCAGGAACUAGCUGAACUACUGGAGGAAGAAAAGCUAAGUUGUGUGCCAGUGCUCAUCUUUGCUAAUAAGCAGGAUCUGCUCACGGCAGCCCCUGCCUCUGAAAUUGCAGAAGGACUGAACCUGCACACCAUCCGCGACCGAGUCUGGCAGAUCCAGUCUUGCUCGGCUCUCACGGGAGAGGGCGUUCAGGACGGCAUGAACUGGGUCUGCAAAAAUGUCAAUGCAAAGAAGAAAUAAAACCUCAACGAAUGGAGACGCAGGAGCUGCGGGAGCUGAAUUCUGUCCUGAAAAACACUAAUUUGCUGCUUUUUGACCAAAUGUUUUUCCAUCUGUGUACAGCUACAGCUGUGUGAAGAGAGGGAACAACACAGUUUAAAAAGAAUCCCCAUUCCAGCAGUAGAUUUAACUGAUCUCUGAGGUUCAGUAUCAUUUUUCAAAUAAAGGAAUUAUAUUAUUUCCUCUGCAUAA